CUCAUUUCUCCCCUCGAUUGACAUUCAUUCUGCUCGGCUCCCCAUUUAGGAACAACCGGUGCGCAUGCGUCAUGGAUGCUGUGAGUUCCAACCAGCAGCUGGUCGUGUCGGAGUUGAAUUCGGCAUUCCUACAGCCGACUAACGCGAGAAACCGUCAGCAGCAGCAGCCAGUCUGAUGAUUGCAGUUGAUUUCGUGGUCGCCGCAUGGUGCAAGUAGAAAGCAAGCACCCGACGAGGACGACAGCGACGACGAAUGCCUUCCCAAAUGCCGAUACUUCGGGAGGAUGUUUGUGUUCUGCCUGGCAGUGUCGUAGAUUCCUGCCAAACAGCGAUUAGUCAGUCUCUCGUGGCUUGCCGUCGGGAUCGGGUAUGAUUUUGGGAAGGUCCUAGCGAGUGGCCGCUUCGUUCGUAGCUGUCGUUCGGUUCCGUGAUAAAGUGCAUUCCUCAGCAGUUUACAUUGCAUAUAGCGAGUCGUUGUGGGUGCAAACGUGACUCCCUCGUUGACGCUGGUGAUUGACGUUCGGACGGACUGAACGUCGAGGGCGUAGAGAAUCUGCCGCCUGUUGGUGCCAAAUUCGGUCUCGGAUGCACUUGGGCCACUGAUAGUGUUGGCGAGUGUUUUCCGUGGGACGGACGAACGGGAUUUAAAACUGUGCGGCAGCAGUAGAGCACCUUGCCGCCUUGCAUCGAAAAGGAUUGUACAACGAGUGUCGAGAAAGUUUUUCCCGUUCUGUUUUUGUUUUAAGCGGUUAGACUGAUGACGAUGAUGGUGAUCCUAGUGCAUGGGAAAUGAUUUUCCGUUGGUGAAUUGGAGUUUCAAACGCAGAGUGACGAGCCGGUCUUAUCCGCAGAAUACGAAAGCUCGGGACGGAGAAGCAUUGCGGGGGAAAUAGUGCUGCCGGUGAUGAUGAUGAUAACAAAUGAUGAUGGCUUUUUCGGAAAAAUAGCGAAGAUGAUUAUGAUGCUGUUGUACUAGUGGGGGCAACGAAAAAGUCUGGGCACUACUCUGCUUCAAGCCAGGCACCCGGAAGUGAAAGAGGUGUUUUAUGAGUGUUUACGUGCAGUUUGGGCGAAACGGGAAGAGUGCAUUUGGAUGGUGUAUGGCUUUGUUGUUUUUGUGAGACUUUCUGUGCAGAUUGAAAGGAUUGGCUGCAGGCCUGCAAUCAAUUAAUUGCACGAGUGCUCAGAAAAAAAAGUUUUGUUCUGGGAAAGUGGAGGUGCUUCGAGAGGCUAUAAUCCAUCGAAUGGAAGCAGGCGUGAAAAAUAUAUCCAUCAAUUACCGCUAGUUAUCGACAGCCGCUGACCAGGAUUUGCUGGGUCAGUAAGACCGAACCGGCGACCGUCGGUAAUAAUUACAGCAGCAGUCAAAACCAUUACCAAGCCGGAGAAAUUCCUAGCAUCGUUUGGGCAAAUAACGUGCUAUCGGUGAUUGUUUCCCGAAAUAAUUAAUUUUCCCCACACCUCGCUGGCCCACAAACACACAGUACACAUAUCCACCCACAGUGCAACAUGUACUUUCCCGUCAUGGAAAACUCUCCAACAUGACCACCAACAAGGCCAAGCCGAAGAGAAGCAAAGUGUUGGCGUGCGCGUUUAUUACGCCUUCGAUCCGCAGCCACCACACACCGAAUCGCCGAGCGUGUAGACGUGCUUUACCGAGAACAUAGACGGAGGCGAGAAAGGGUUACCACUUGGUUCCCACCGCACAGACCAACUGCCAGUGCCAAUCGAAGUUGAAAUUCAAUAAUAUUAAAUCAUUAUUUAAUGACGGUGCACCACCUUCCGCUCGUUGAUUGCUGCAGUAGAGUGCUGCGUGAUUGGUGUUCAACAGCUCGGAAAUUGGUGCAUAGUUAGCGCCGCAAUAAUUAUAACAAUAACGUGAGCAAAAAGCAUCCGCCGGAGGAGGAGGAGCAGCAGGGAAGGACGGGAUUAAGUACGGCGAGGCACGAAGCUGUGACCUCGCGAUCGAACCACGACACCCCUGGAAGCUGGACGUGAAACCUUACAACUAUGCUGAUAAUACACACAAUCAAAUUAAUUUUAAUAACCCUGAACAUACUGCCGUAUCGGUUCACCCACCGGAAUGUGCUGUUCUUGAUCUACCUGGGGACACUCGUCACACAUGUAUUUAUGGAUGAGCCUCGAUUUGCACAGCCCAUUCCGAACGUGACAGUGGCAGUCGGGAGAGACGCAAAUCUGCCUUGCGUGGUGGAGCAUUUAGGAACAUAUAAGGUCGCCUGGAUCCACAUAGACCGGCAGAUGAUACUGACGAUACAUCGGCACGUGAUCUCCCGUAUCCCGCGGUACAGUGUCACCUACGACAACUCCAACACAUGGCUGCUGCACGUCAGCCAGGCCCAGCAGGACGACCGGGGCUACUACAUGUGCCAGGUCAACACGAACCCCAUGAUAAGCCAGGUUGGCUAUCUGCAAGUAGUUGUGCCUCCCAAUAUCUUGGACAUCGAAAGCACACCGUCCUCGGUGGCGGUACGGGAAAAUCAAAACAUCAACAUGACCUGUCGAGCCGAUGGUUUUCCAACACCCAAAAUCAUCUGGCGGAGAGAGGAUGGCCAGAGCAUCACAGUGGAGCGUAAGAAGAAAGUGAUGGUUUACGACGGCGAAGUGCUACAUCUGACAAAAGUGAGCCGAAACGAGAUGGGUGCUUAUCUCUGCAUCGCCACUAAUGGUGUGCCACCAUCAGUGUCUAAGCGGAUUAUUCUCGACGUUGAGUUUUCUCCGAUGAUUUGGGUCCCAAACCAGCUUGUAGGAGCGCCUCCAUCGACGGACGUAACGAUAGACUGCCACACAGAAGCCCAUCCUAGGGCGAUCAUCUACUGGGUGUACAACUCCGUGAUGGUGCUACCGAGCAAAAAGUAUAUAAUCGAUUACAACGAAAACUCUUAUCGAGCCCAUAUGAAGCUGACCAUAAAGAAUUUAUCGACUGGUGACUUUGGGAAUUAUCGAUGUAUAUCGAAAAACUCUUUAGGCGAAACGGAAGGAUCGAUACGGGUGUACGAAAUUCCUCUACCAUCCACACCGUCGAAACAAAUAACGCACUUAGUGGAACCAAAAGAAGUGGUGCCACCGCGAAACGAAUCCAUUAAGGUCGCCCAACCCGAGGUGAUCUUUCCAAUUAAGAACGACGAAAGCUACGCGCAACGGUCGCCUAAUGGCAUCCCAUUCGAGCGCAAGGGUAUGCCAAUCGGACAGAGCUACUACACCGACAUGCCACCGAAGGAUUUUGGCUUCCCGAAUGCUGCUGGCUCUCUGCGAUGGAACUGCGAAACAUACUACACCGUAUUGAAAAUACUGAGCAUAUCAUCAUCUCUUACGUAUUCGUACUGUAUCUCUAAUCAUCUGUUUCUGUAAAAUCAAGGGAAUCCCUUGAAGUUUUCCCACUAAGGACUGUACAUUAUCGAACAGUAUUUUAAUUGUUAAAUAUGUUAAAAGCGCAUGAUUAUAUCCUCUACCAGACACACCCAUAUCUCAAUACUUUUACUUCAAUCCAAACUGAUUUGAACAUAUCAUAAGUUUGUACAUUGUAACAGAGAAAUGCGAACGAGGCUAAGCAAGUGAUAUCAUAGUCGAAAUGCAUAAACUUUAAAGAGAAAAAAAAAAACGAUUUGCCAACUAAUCCCAUAUCAAUUCCUAAAACCCAACCGUUUCCUUUCCCAAAGAGUACCCCAAAUAAAACGUACUUUGAUUAGUAAAGCGAUCACGCUUAGACUAACACCUAACUAUACGUUGAAGCAGGUAUAAUCCUCUAAUGAAACUCCACUCUAGCAAAUAAAUAGAGAAAGAUGCGCUUUUUUGUUGUAGAAAUCAUUAACUAGUAAGAACUCUAUGCAUAUAUUUAUAGCAAGGCAAAUAUCUCUAGGCUGAAAUAUCGAAAAGUGUACGAUAAAUCUGAAAAUAUGAACAAAAGCGAAUCAAACCACUUGUUGAAUAAAUGUAGCAAAUAUGCAGAUGACAAAAAUGGAAAGUUUGGAUUUCACAUGCGUUUGACUGUGCAACUCACCCACUUACACAUAACCUUCAAUCGAGGGCUAGAUGACGCAACCAUUGUACAUAUCUCUCACCCUACUGCAGCAAAAUACGCGACUCAAGUGAAGGAGCCAAUUUGUAAUUAACCUUUAAAACAGGAACGCAGGUAAACUAGCCAAAUUAAGGGCAUCCCCCAUAUAGAGACCACUACAGAAACCCGUGAAGCAUUAUUUUAAGCGUAAAAUUAAACUGCACUGUAACGUUCGGUGAAAGGAUUUCAGGAAUUGUCGCAGAGUCAUAGAGGUAUAAUCGAUUUUGAGUUGUUAACUAAAACUUUUGUUUCCAACAAGAAAUCUACGGCUUUGAAUCACAACCAUGCAGCUAGGAUGAAAUGAGUGUAUAGAGGUGCAGCUUAUUGUGUCGGAUGCUAAUAAGAUAUAAUAUUCUUCCCUACAUAUGCUAUAG